AUGGUUGAUCGUAAGAAUAUAGGUGAGUCUGUGGCUGUGAAACAGAUAAUGGAUUUAGGUUUUAAAUUUUUCUUUGAGUCGGUGCCUAGGUGUAUUUUGGAGUUAUGUCGAAAGUUUUAUUUGAGGUUGAAGAAGGUAGACACAGAUCUUAUGAUAUUAAGGACCACAGUACGUGGUAAGCUGAUCAAGGGAUUUGGAGUCGUCUUUCAUGAUGCAAAUGGGAUUAUUGACAACACUGUGCCAAGAGAGUCAUUGUUUGUCCUACCAUCAUUGACUUUUGUAGGUGUUACUUCUUCAGUGCCUGUUACACCUACUUUGGUAUCUGAGCCACCACUUGUAUCUAUGACUAAGCCUCGUGAUCCAGUAUAUGAGAUGGAAAGUAAAGAGGAACAGGCCAAGUCUGAGUUUGAUAUGGAUGACGAUGGAUACUCUGAGUAG